AUCCUGGAGCCUGGUGAAGGUGGGGCGGGGACGAAUGGCUCAGGUGGCCCGGAGCUGUCUUGGGGUAGCAUCUUUGCUGCCGUUGCUGCUGCUGCUGCUGGGCUGGAGGUCCGGUCGCCAGGCAAGAAGCCCUCUCAGAUUUCCGGGGAGUCAUGAGCCGUUUUCUGAAUGUAUUACGAAGCUGGCUGGUUAUGGUGUCCAUCAUAGCCAUGGGGAACACACUACAGAGCUUCCGAGACCACACCUUUCUCUAUGAAAAGCUCUACACCGGCAAGCCAGACCUGGUGAAUGGCCUCCAAGCUCGGACCUUUGGAAUCUGGACACUGCUCUCAUCAGUGAUUCGCUGCCUCUGUGCCAUUGACAUCCACAACAAGACGCUCUACCACAUCACGCUCUGGACCUUCCUCCUCGCUGGGCACUUCCUUUCUGAGUUGUUUGUAUACGGGACCGCGGCUCCCACAAUUGGCGUCCUGGCACCCCUCAUGGUGGCAAGUUUCUCAAUCCUCGGUAUGCUUGUUGGGCUCCGGUACCUGGAAGUAGAACCAGUGUCCAGACAGAAGAAGAGAAACUGAGGCCAACAUUCCCUCCUCCGAGACCUCAUCUUCCGUUUUGGCUGUCUUCUUCCCCCACCCUCUCCGAGCUUUAAUUUUUUUCUUUUCUGCUCGAUCAUCAGCCCCCUUCUCUGCCUCUAGCCUUUUAUGUUGUUUUGUUUUGUUUUUAUUACAUUUAAAGAUAUAACAUUUGUACAGAAAUUAUAUUAAUACUUAAUGAACAACUUUAAAGAAUUACUUUAAAGUGAUGCUUCUGUAAAUCCAUCCAAAUCAAGAAACUGCCAGCACCCCAGAAACCCUCUGUGUGCCCCUCCCCGACCAUGACCUCUUUGAGGAUCUCUCUUGAGCCUCCUGCCUUUUUCCUCUUAUUUCCAUCCCUUGAUCUGCUUUGUGUGGGGAACAUGCGGACUGUGAAACUCAAAGCUGCUGCCUCGCCCAGAGCAGCUGUCACCAAGGGCUGCUUCGAGGGGCCGUCCGUGCACACUGGGCUCCCCUCUGACGCUGGACCUGGGACUCCGAACCGCCCAAGGAGCAGGCAGGUCUCCUAAGAAGGGCUCCCCUGUGAGCACGAGUGGCUGACAUCCCUACAUCUCAAACGGAUUGUGGCUGGAAGAGUCUGGGCUGUUUUUAGACCUUCCGGUCAGCUGUAUUUGUGUAACGAGUUUUGUAAUAAACUGAAAAACCCUC